AAGCAGCAGCCAGAGCAGCUAAUCGACCAAGCUAGGUUCCGGCGGGAGGGGGAUCCAUGGCGUUCAUGCGGUACCGUGCGCUGCCGCAGGGAGAGGUGACAGCUGAGGAGUUCUGGGCGUGGCUGGGGCAGUUCGACGCGGACCACGACGGCCCGAUCAGCCAGGACGAGCUGCAGGGCGCACUCUGGAGCCUCGACCUGUGGUUCGCGUCCUGGAAGGCGCGGGAAGGGGUGCAAGCCGCGGACGCCAACCGCGACGGCGCCGUCGGCAGGGAGGAGGCUGGCCGGCUCUUUGCCUAUAGUAGAAAAAGGGUCAUUUAUCCCGGUUCAUAAAGCUCAUCUAUCCUGGUUGUGGAACCGGGAUUAAAGGGUCGUUACUAAUGCCUAGGCCUUUAGUCCCGGUUCUUAUACCAACUGGGACAGAUGGGCCUCCACGUGGCCGCUCCGGCGAGCGCAAGUAGGAGGGCCUUUGGUUCCGGUUGGUAGCACCAACCGGGACCAAUAAGCUUCCACGUGUCAGCAUUUUAGGGGCUGGUUUUUUUAAAGGAGGUGGUUUAGGGGUUUUGGAGGUUAAUUUAGGUUGUUAUAGGUAGCCAAUAGAGAGAUGUGUCCUCUCUUAUCUCCGUGCUACUGCUAUUUAUAAACAUGACUUAGAUUGAAGUGGGGCAACAUGUUGUGCAUGUCGAAAGUAAUACUAAUCCUAACUUGAUCAAGUCUGGAUUGUAUUACUUUCGACAUGCACCACAUGCAUGUUGGCUUCACUUUAAUCCAAUCCAUGUUUAUUUCACCCACAGAUAUAUAAUAACUCUUCAUGCUCGCAUCAUGCAUCAUCAUAAUAACAAGUCCUACUAAUCAUCAUCAUACAACUUCUACUCGUUAUUAAUAACAAGUCAUACGAUCAUCAUCCUGAUAGUCAUCGAACCAGCCCUACUUAAUUGUUCUUAGCACAUGAUCAUCAGUAUUAUGCAGGACCUAAAUACCCUAUUUAAG